ACAUGGACGCAGUUCUAUAGCAACUCAGACCCUAACAUUUGAUUUCAUUAGCUUUACAAUGGCUUUGACAAUGACCUUUAGAGCUCGUAUUAGCUGAUUACAAAUUCUUGUUUUUCUAUGGGACUCAAAUAUUGCUCAAAAUACAAUUUUGUACGCCGACUCUGUUAGUUCACUCGCGCGGAAUUCGAUCGUUUCGAAAUGGGCAUUUCGGAGAUUCAGUCCGCAUCUUAGGUGGUUUUAGUUCACAGUAUUUCGUCAAGUCUUUAUUUAUCUUAGGGUUAGUGGAAUUCGGAAGUGCAGGAGAGAAGGAUCUAAGGUUUCUUUACCUACAAACAAGGCAAAAUGAUGGCAACAAGAAACCCAAAGGUCGUCCCAAAGCGAAAACCAUCGAAGCCUCAAACGAGGGCAUCAACUUUAUCAAAUGAGCAAGCAUGGACUGACACAGAUGACACUGAGGGAACCAAGGAAUCUGGAGAGUCCUCUGAGCAAAUAAAGGAAGCAGCUCUUGAGACACAAAAGGGAAGCUUGAUAUCAGUCAAGGAAGCAGAUGAAACAAACAGAGGUACCACUGAAGAUGAAAUGAAUGGGUCAGAAAUAAAUGGAGUCCAUGAACCUCCACAGACAACUGACACAGAAGUCCCACAAACAACAGACACUGAAGGAGUGAAUGGUACUGAAACUGACUCCAUGGCAAGUAUGGAAAGUGCCACAAGAAAAAGAGUGAAAAGAAACACUGUUGUACCCACAGAUGGUGAAGACAGUGGUAGACAGACUCCAGAAUCAAGGAAAGAUGCAUGGAGUAUUGCUGAGACGGAUGCUGAUGUUGAGUCUAAUGCUGCAUCAAGUCGACCCAGCUCUGCUCAUAAGGGAGCGAAACAGCGCCCUGCAACUGCAGUUGCAAGACCAACAACAGCUAUUGCACCAGUAGAGAGACCAAUGACAGCACCAGCCACCCAAUCACGUUCUCAAGUUAAGCCUGGGACAAGUAGUGGCACACGACCAAAGUCAUCAGGGUCCCGCCAGAGAUCGGGUGGUGAAGGAGAGGGACUUGAUCAUCCUGCAUCAAUGAAUGGGUCUCAAGAGAUUGUCGCAUGGGAGGAACCAUCUGCAGUGUCCAGUGAGGGUUUCAGAGACGGAGAAAGUGCAUCCAGUCGCAGUAGUGGUCUACUUGCAGUACCUCAACUGCAGGGAGAACAGAAUGCUUAUAUACCAUACAUCUAUGCUAAAGAAUGUAUUCAAAGGGUUAUGGAUGAUAUGAAGAAGAUGAAAAGUGGCCAUGUAAAGGUUGUUGAUAAUAUUCAAGAGCAAUACAAAACUCUGGAAGAUGAUAUUCAGGCCAAAUUCAACACCUUUGUUCUUAACUUACGCAAGGAAUAUUCUAACAAAGUCACCACCUUCCGUCAAGUUAUCACAAUUCAUCGCGAGGAUUCAUUUCGUACAAAUACUUACUGGCAAGAAACAGUUAAGAGUCUCCAAGACAAGAAUCAGGCCCUCUUGAAGGAAAAAAGGCAAUUGUUAGUUAAAAACAGAGAGGAGUUUACCAGGCUUGAAGAAGAGAAGGCAGGAGCAGUGAAAGACUUAACAAGAAUGCUUGAUGAACGACAUUCUAAAUACACCAUUUUGCUGGCAGAUUUUAAAAGUGAACAAGGAAAAGUUAGAGAGCUAGAAGAAAAGUUGAAAGCAUUAGAAGAACAGGGGCUGAAACAAAAAGAGCAGAGUCAAUCUUUGCAGGAAGAAAUCAAAGUGCUAAAGGAAAAACAUGAAGAAGAGGUUAGUGAGCUGAAACAAAAGCUAGAACUUGCUGAGAAAGAAAAACAAGAGGACAAAGAAGAGCAUCAGAAGGUGUUGAAGGAGAAAGAGGAAGAAGAAACAAAGAAAAUAAAUGAGCUGACAGAAAAACACACGCAUGAGGUAGAUGCAUUGAAAGCUGAAAUCCAGAAACUGCAAGAAGAGAUUGAUGCUCUGAAAGCAAGUGCGGCAGCAGUCACAACAGCUACUGCGCUAACAACAACUGCAGUUAUGUCAGAAUCUACAGAUUUACAACAGACUGGGAUACCUAAAGAGGAAACCCAAGAGGAAGUAAAAGAGCAAGCUGAAGAACAACCUACGAGUGUGAUUGCCACCACUGCUGCACCUACAGCCACUGUGACAGUCUUAGACAGUGCUGAAAAAGACCGACUUACUCAACAAAUUACACAGCUUCAAGAAGAAAUUGAUAAGAAUAAAGCAGAGACAACCAGGUAUAAAGAGGAACUUGAGAAGGAAAAAGCAAGGAUUUUUGAGCUGGAAGAGGAAGUGGGCAGUCUGGGCAAGGAAAAGACAAGAUUUGAGAAACAGGCAACAGAUAAUAAACAGGAGCUCCGUGAAACAAGACAGCAAUGUACCUCCUUGAGGGAGCAGCUGCAAGGCUUACUGGCUGCCACAACAGCAGCAGGACAAGUGGAUGACAAAGAGACUGAAGAGAAGUUGAAAGCAGCUGAGGAAGAAAGACAGGCUUUGAUAGAUGAACAGAAAAGAAUGAAGGAGGAGUUUGAGAAGUGGAAGGAGCAAUAUGAACAGGAACAUGAGGGCAAGGAACCCACUGAAGAUGACAGGAGUGAGGAAGUCCAGGCCAUGAUGGAAAAACUUACACAGGAGGAAGAGAAGCUGAAGAAAGCUGAAAAUACUAUUGCUGUUAUGACAAUGUUGAAGGAAGGGGCUGUUCCUGAAACUGUAGCCACAGUAGGGCUUGCUGAUAGUGGUGGAAAAAUAGAAGAACUGGAAGACAGGAUCAGCCAACUUGAGGCAGCAAGGGAUGAAGUAGAAGUGUCUGUUGAGAAACUUACAAAGGAAAAAGAAGCUUUGGACGAAAAAGGCUCAGAACCUGAGGAAAACAACAAGGAACUUACUGAGAAGAAUUCUGAACUGGAGGAGAAAGUCAAAGAUUUGGAGAAGGAAGUCGAAGAUCUAACGAAUGAACUAGACGAGGUUGGAGAAGGAGUCCCUUUGGCCACUCCAACUUUGUCAGUCGAUGGACAAGAUACUGAGGGAAUGUCUGCCAAGAUUUCUGAACUCAAGGAGGAACUUGCAAAAGCAAAUGGAGAACUGGAGCAAGAAAAAGAAACAUCAUUGGCUCAAAUUGAAGAGAUUGAAGCUCUCAAAAAGGAAUUGGCAAGUUUGAAGGAGGGCUCAUCUGGCGAAGUUGAAGAAUUAAAAGCACAGCUUGCAUCCACCAAGGAGAUGUUUGAGGCUGAAAUAAAACAAAAAGAGGAAGCACUGGCGGAAGCAAAAGCAAGAAUAGAAGAACUUGAGAAAAAGCUUUUGGAAAAUGUUCCCAUUGACACAGCUAAGGAAAUUGGUGCAUAUCAAGAAAAAAUGGCCGCUCUUGAGAAGGACAAGGAGAAAGCGACGAAGGAAAGUGUGCAGCUUAAAGCCUCUGUGACAACACUUACUGCAAAAGUUGAAACACUGAACAAGAAUAUUGAGCUACAGAAGCAAACAGAAAUAGAGUUACAGGAGACAAACAAAAAGAUGCGUGCAGAGAGGGUGAAAGAACUGAAGAAUGCCAAGGAGCAGGGAGAUACAAAAUCUAAAAAACAAAUAGAGGAGCUGAACAAGAAGAUACAAGCUCUUCAAAAGAGGAUCAAAGAACUUGAAGCUGCCGCAGUGAAACCUCAAGAUUCCAAGAUUGAUACAGGGCUGAGUGGAGGUUCAAAGAGAAGGGAUUCAAAAGCAGCUGCAGACUCAGAAAAAUUAAACAAAGAAAAGGAGAAGCUUCAGGCCCAAGUUGAAGCAUUAAAGAAGGCUGCGCACGAGGACCACAGCAGAAUUAAACAACUUGAAAAGGACCUUAAAGAGGCUCAGACGAAAUCCAAGCCGGCCGGACCUUCAGCUGAAGAUAGAGCGGCAGCCAAAAAGGCGGAGAAGCAACUUAAAGACUUGCAGAAGAACCUGGAAACGGAGAAGAAAAAGUUUGAGAAAGUUAAAGAAACCUUAACAAAAACUGAGGAAGAAUUCAAAGUUCUCAAAAAGGAACAUGAUGCUCUGUUAGCCGACAGUAAGAAAGAUAAGGACACUCUUUCUAAACUGGAAGCUGCAGCACAGGAAGGUCUUGCCGCUCAAGAGAAGGUGGAUGAGUUGACGAAGGAAGUGAAAGAACUCAGAGAGGAGAAUAAGGCGCUUUCAGACAAUUACAAUAGUGAGAGGAUUUUGCGUAAGAAGUAUUACAACAUGGUGGAAGAUAUGAAAGGAAAGAUCCGAGUUUACUGCAGGGCAAGGCCGCUUAGCAGAUCAGAGCUGGAAAGGGGCAACCAUUCAGUGAUCAAGUCACCUGACGAGUACUCUCUUGUCGUGGAAACCAGCCGUGGUCCAAAAGAUUUCCAGUAUGACGCCGUAUUUACACCUGAUCACGGCCAGGAUAAAGUGUUUGAGGAUACAAAUAAUCUUAUCCAGUCAGCUGUGGAUGGUUACAAUGUGUGCAUCUUUGCUUACGGACAAACGGGCUCUGGUAAAACCUACACUAUGAUUGGUGACAAGGAGCUCAAGUCACCCGGCAUCGCCCCACGUGCAAUGGACGCCAUCUUCAAAUUGAUGGAAGAACAAAAGUCCAAAUUUUCUUUCAAGGUUACAUGUUACAUGAUGGAGUUAUAUAAUGAUAAGCUGAUUGAUUUACUUGCACCUCAUGGUAAAGAACCAGCAAAACUCGAGAUCAAGAAAGACAAGAAGGGUCUUGUGUUUGUACACGGAUCGAUGAUGAUGGAGGCAGCUACUAAGGACGAGCUUUGGACCAUAUUUGAGAAGGGCUCUGAAAACAGACACGUCUCUUCAACAAAAAUGAAUGCGGAGAGUUCUCGGUCCCAUCUUAUCCUUGGAAUUAUUAUUGAGAGUACAAACUUAACUUCUGGUGCCGUUCUCAAAGGAAAGAUCAGCUUGGUUGAUUUGGCAGGAUCUGAACGUGCUGCAAAAACGGGUGCAAGCGCCGAACAGCUCAAGGAAGCCCAAUCGAUUAACAAGAGUUUAAGUGCCUUAGGAGACGUAAUCUCGGCUUUAUCCAGCGAGCAGCAGUUUAUUCCCUACAGAAACAACAAACUUACCUUGCUCAUGCAGGACUCAUUAGGUGGUAACGCAAAAACUCUUAUGUUUGUGAACAUAUCCCCCGCGGAUUACAACACAGAUGAGACUAUCACAUCUCUGACGUAUGCCUCUCGUGUAAAACUUAUUACAAACGAUGCUCAGAAAAACGCCGACAACAAAGAGAUAAACAGAUUGAAGGGAAUAAUUGCAAAAUUGAAGAAAGGAGAAACUGUGGAUGACGCUGAAGGAGAAGACUAAACGACUCGCUGCGUCAAAUAAUCCGUACUUAAGAGACACUUAGGUGCUGGUUCACCAUUCAAGAAAUUGGAGACUACAGGCUUCCCGAUGGAUGGCAGCUGUCGAAGUUCCACGAAAAAAAAUAGCUAGAUUAACGUUGUUAGCUUUUGAUACAGACAGGCUCCUUGGACCAGAGAAACUGUGAACAGUUUUUGUGCAAAUGGAGAUAUAAGUGAUUUUCGAAGAUGCAUUAUUUUUCUACGAACUGUACAAAGCCUUUUUCUAUUUAAUAUUUAUUUCCUGGCGUUCGUCAUGUGACGAGGCUUUUGGUAUUGUUAAGUGCUGGCAACUUUUUUCAGUAUUCUGUUGAUAUCUUUUAUUUAGUUCUGGAAUAACUGAUCGCCUUGGCAGAGACGUAUCUCACAAAGUUAGCCCAUCCUGGUUACACGAUUACAUCUGUAUCAUCUUUUCCUUAUUGUUAUUACGCAACAGAAGAACUUUCGAGAAAGUUUUUUCGGCAAAAAGGGCAGAUCGAUGAGUACUCCUGCAGAAGAGAUCAGAUUCUUAGAUUUGCCGCAGUAGUUAUUUUUAGAUUGAAAAAUUCUUAGCCCUGUACCCUCUUACAUCAAUGUACAUAGUCUCCAUAUUGUACUCUAUACAUUUCUUAAGGUGUUGACAAGGAGAAUUUGUUUAACAGUCAAGAACUUCUUUAGUUGGUGAUCAUUU